AUGCUUGCUACACCUCCCCAACCUCAUGACAUCUCCUUGUCCCAUUUCAAAACUCCAGAAACUGCACACCAUCCCUCCACCAACUUGAAUCCACGUUCAAUUGCCCAAAACUGGCUUGAACGCUUCACAGCAGUCCUUUCUUCUGGUGAUGCCUCUCGUCUAUCUACCGUCUUCCAUCAAGACAGCUGGUGGCGUGACCACGUAGGCCUUUCCUGGGAUCUGCGUACUCUGCAUGGUCUACCUGCCAUAAUCUCCUUUUUGUCUCCAAUCCUCUCAUCUAUAAAUCUACGUCCCUUGUCUUUGGCUUCAGACGAUGACGCUUACGCUCCUUCCAUCGUUACUCCCCUUCCAGAACUCGACUGGGUUCAGUCCAUCUUCACUUUCGAAACCAGUACAGGCAGGGGUCGUGGUUUUCUUCGUCUAGCUCAAGCUGCUGAUGGUGAUUGGAAAGCCCAUAUGCUGUACACCGCUCUCGACGAAAUCAAGGGCCAUGAAGAAACCACCGGUGCUCGUCGCGCUCAUGGAGGUCAGAAUUCCUCGAUUGGUGCAAACUGGUUCGAGCGAAGACAGACCACCUAUGACUUUGUUGAUUCUGAACCUACUGCUUUGAUCAUUGGUGCCGGCCAAGCUGGUCUGAAUCUCGCUGCUAGAUUGCAAGCUCUGGGACUCUCGACCUUGAUUAUGGAUAGGCAGGCUCGCGUUGGAGAUAACUGGCGCUCUCGAUACCGCACCUUGGUCACUCACGAUCCUGUGACUUAUGCUCACAUGGCUUAUCUACCUUUUCCAUCCAACUGGCCUCUUUACACGCCCAAAGACAAGCUUGGAGAUUGGUUCGAAGCCUAUGCCAGUCUGAUGGAACUCAACAUCUGGCUCUCCUCUUCCGUCAACUCAGCAGCCUACUCACCCUCCUCAAAAACCUGGACAGUUGAAAUCACAAAAGCAGACGGAAGCAAAAGAACACUCCACCCAUCCCAAUUAAUCCUCGCCACAGGCCACAGCGGCGAACCCCGUAUCCCUACUUUCCCAGGCCAAGACUCCUUUAACGGCACAAUCUACCACGGCAGCGCCCACAAAGACGCAACCCCCUCUUCCGCUUCAGGCAAGAAAAUCCUCGUCGUAGGGACUGGAAACAGCGGCCACGAUAUUGCCCAAAACUACUUCGAAGCGGGCGCUGCAUCAGUGACAAUGCUGCAACGCUCAGGCACCUACGUGCUUCAAGCCGAAAAGGGAGGACACAUGUUGCACGCCGGCACUUACGAUGAAACCGGCCCUCCCACCUCUGACGCAGACAUUUACUCCCAAUCCCUACCCAUGCCUGUUCAAUUCGCACUAGGCAGAAACCUUACCGCCUCCAUCGCACAAGCCGAAAAAGAAAACCUCGACGGCCUCGAGAAAGCAGGCUUCAAAGUCGAUUUCGGGCAUGACGGCUCCGGCUUGUUCAGAAAAUACAUGACCAAAGGAGGAGGCUAUUACAUCGAUGUAGGUUGCAGCGACCUGAUCACUUCCGGAAAAGUAAAAGUCGUGCGUUGUGCUGAAGGAAUUUCUGGAUUCGAAGCCACUGGUGUACGACUCGCAGACGGCAAUUUCGUCGAAGCCGAUGUGGUGGUUCUGGCGACAGGCUACGAUAACAUGCGUACUUCUUGUCGUAAGAUUCUUGGUGACGAGGUUGCGGACAAGGUCCUUGAUGUUUGGGAUUUGGACGAGGAGGGCGAGUUGAAUGGGAUGUGGCGACCUUCAGGCCAUCCUCACUUCUGGUAUAUGGGAGGCAACCUUGCUCUUUGCAGGAUCUACAGCAAAUUCCUGGCUCUGCAGAUUAAAGCUGUUGAUGCUGGAUUAAGCGAUAGGUAA